CAAGGAGAGUUCUUGCGGCCCACGCCGCCUGCGCGAUCCAUUUUCUAUUUUUAGAUCUUCAAAAUAUCGAACACGCGCCAACAAACGGGUCACUUGAUAUUUGUAUAUUCACUCACGGCGGCAGCCUUCGAUCUUGGCCAUUCUCGAAUUUGCCCUCCAAGCCCCAUGUCAACACAUGCAGCGACGAUGCGUGGCGCGGCCAGUUUCGAUGGGCUGGUCGCCCAUCUUGACGAACAUUACGGCGUGCGCGGCCCGUCAAAGCGAAAAGUGCCAUUCCGCGAAGUCUUCGACGCGGCCAAGACGACACAUCUGGAAAACCUGCCGGGAAGCCUCUGGCCCGUCUGGGAUGCCCUCGGGCGCUAUUGCGAUGUAUCGACGUGGCAGCGGCUCAUCCAGGACCACAGCAACGACGAGGGCGUGUGUCCGAGCGCGGUCCGCCGCGCCCGCAACCGAAACCUCAAGAACGACGCGACGGUCGCUGCGGUAGCCAAUGAGCCCGGAAAGGCCGGCAAGAAGCGCUGCGCCGACGAGCCCACUAUGCCGCGGGAGGCGAAAGUGCCUAAGCCAGAGACCACGGCCGUGGUCGCCAAAAACAUCUUGACCGAGAUGCACGCAAAAGUCGACGAGCUGCGCCGUGGACAGGUAGCGAUUGCCCGCCACAUCACGGCGGAGCGCGUCGCGACGGCAAAGGCCAUCGAAUCUGUAAGUUUGCCAUGA